UUGUUUCCAUCAACGAGAGAAAGUCUUUCAGACAGACUUUGACAUUCUGCUGCCAGCAAACUUUAGAGCUGCAUGCUCGACCACAGUAUGGAGGGAAGCAACACACAGAGGAUCCAACAAUACGUUGAGAAGAUGAGGAUUUGUUUUCUCUUCUGUAUUUUCUGCCUGAUGUUUCCCAUGAGCCAAAGUGAGAAGUGGGGUCCCCCUGGUGAUAAAAGUGACAGAGGACCACCUGGACCACCAGGACCACCAGGACCACCAGGACCACCAGGACCACCAGGAACACAAAGACCACCUGGAUAUGCUAUCCGAGGGGCCCCUGGUGAACCUGGUCCACCUGGACAACCUGGACAACCUGGAGUACAUGCAGUACGUGGAGUGAUUGGACGAUCUGGACCACCUGGACCCGCCUCUGUGUGUGAACGAGAGCUCUUUAAAUCUUUCACACGGGAUGUUGAAGGACUGAUGAAGAUCACCGCUAAGCUGGACCUUGCUUUAACCUUUGACUUUGUGAGGAAGGUGGGUCAGAAAUACUUUGUGUCCAACAAGGAGAGAGGAUCUUUCCAGAAGGCUGCAGAUUUCUGCCAGCAACGAGGCUUGGAGCUGGCUCUGCCCCAGAGUGAGGAGGAGAACCACAUGCUGCUUCAGCUGAUGGGUCAAGAUGAGAAAAGAGUCUGGAUCAACAUCAACAUGAGAAAAGCAGAAGGAAACUUCCAGUCCGACAUGAAAAAUCGACCUCUGACCUUUACCAAAUGGGGAAAAAGACAGCCGGAUCAAAGCAUUCAGGACAGCGGCUGCAGCAUGGCAACUGAGGACGGCACCUGGAGAGUGACACCAGACUGUUCUCUGGACGCUGACAUCAUCUGUCAGCUGUAGAAAGAUCAUCCACCAGGCAGGAAGCACCACCCGAAAGAAAUCACUUACUUCAAAAUGAUUUAUUAUUUGCUUUCUUUUUACUUUGUUGGAUCUUUUUUUUAUUAUUUCCAAACAUUUCCUUACAUAGCCUGCAUGUUCUUGAGCAGCCAACAGCCCACCAAGCUGACCUGCAUUGUAUAUUAACUCAGACUAUAUAUGCUCAAGUGCAUGGCAUUGCUAAUACCUAACACUUGAGCAAAUAAACUAAUAAACGAGCCAGAAUGACAAAAGGGUGGC